AUGGCUUUCGCUGGUCGUAUCAGAUCCGGGAUCUCCCUCUUCAAGACCAUCGCCGUCUCAGAUUCCAUCUCCUCCGCGAGAUCUUUUCCCAGUGGACGGCCACUUAUUCCUGCGCUAAGAGAUUAUGCAACAGCUUCAGCUGAGAAAACUGGCAACGUUAAGGUGCCUGUGGCUUUAGUUGGUGAAUCUGGCAACUUUGCUUCGUGGCUGUACAUUGCAGCUGUGAAAAUGAAUUCCUUGGAAAAGAUUGAGUCGGAUCUUUCUGAGUUGGUUGAGGCUAUGAAGACAAGUCCUAUUUUCUCACAGUUUACUAAGGAUCCCUCUGUUCCUAGAGAGACAAGACUGGCUGCUAUUGUCGAUGUUUGUGAUAAAGCAAAGUUUGCAGAACCCACCAAGAACUUCCUCUCUUUGUUAGCGGAGAAUGGAAAGCUGAAGAACCUAGACGUGAUUGUCAAAAAGUUCAUGCAGCUGACAACAGCACAUAGGGGAGACGUCAAAGUCUUGGUUACCACCGUCAUGCCGCUUCCCCCUGCUGAGGAGAAGGAACUCAAGGAGACACUUCAGGAGAUCAUUGGAGAAGGGAAGAAAGUAACUGUGGAACAGAAGAUUGAUCCGAGUAUCUACGGAGGGCUAAUAGUGGAGUUUCAACAAAAGGUGUUGGACAUGUCAAUCAGGACAAGAGCACAGCAGAUGGAGAGGCUCCUCCGUGAACCUGUUGACCUCAGCAACCUCUGA